CAAUGCACCACUGUUCCAUGUCGUCCUCUGUGUGUGACAGUGCGUGAGUGAGCGAGUGUGUGUGAAUGUGCCGAGGAGUACACACCGGGGCCAGUCGCUCUCUCUCUCUCUCCUUCCCCUCUCUCUAUCUCUUUCUCCGUGCCACCGCUCCGACUCCCUCCACUGGGACUAACAGAAAGAACGGGAGAUAAUCAACCGGAAGAUUCUUCUCUCUGUCUGGGGAACUGUUGUCCUAUUGGAGUAGCUUUUGUCCUUUUGGAGCUGCGAGUGUGUUUGGAUUACACUUGGAGUUGCCCUGUGCUGCUACAAGAAGUGCUGCUGGGUUUUUUUUUUGUGUGUGCGCGCCAGUGUGGAUACCUUCCUGUUGAGCUGGUGAGUCGGACUAAGUCUUCCGAGUAUUUUCUCUGAGUGGCUUCUGCGGAGCUGCCGGUUAAGAUGGCUGCCAGGCGCUUGUGGCUCCUGGGGUUGCUGGUGGCCCUGCUCAGCGUGGGCGUGAGGACGCAGGACGUGGCCGCCGCGGAGGAAGAGGAAGAGGUGGCCGGCCUGGAAGAGGAGGCCGAGGAGGUGGAUGCCGGAGAGGAGGAGGAGGAGGAGGAAGAGGCCGAGGCGGAUGAAGACGAUGAUGGCGACGGGAUAGAGGACACGGGAGAUGGUGAUGAAGAAGAAGAAGAAGAAGAAGAAGAAGAGGCCGCCGAGGAGGAAGAUGUAGAGGAGGAGGAGGAGGAGGAAGAGGCUGCUGCAGAGGAGGAGGAGGAGGAGAAGGAAGAGGCAGAGGAGGAAGAAGAGGCUGUUGAGGAGGAAGAGGAGGAGGCAGCUGAGGAGGAGGAGGAGGAGGAAGAGGCUGCUGCUGAGGAGGAAGAAGAGGAGGCCGCUGAGGAGGAAGAGGCAGCCGAGGAAGAGGAGGAGGAGGAAGAGGCAGCCGAGGAGGAGGAGGAGGAGGAGGAAGAGGCAGCUGAGGAAGAGGAGGAGGAGGAAGAGGCUGCUGCUGAGGAGGAGGAGGGUGAUGAUGAGGAAGAGGAGGAGGAAGAGGCUGCAGAAGAUGCUGAUGAAGACGAAACCGACGAGGCUGCUGCUGAAGAUGAUGCUGAGGAAGAGGAGGAAGAGGAGGCCGAGGCGGCUGAGGAAGAAGAGGAGGCUGGUGAGGAGGAGGAGGAGGAGGCUGCAGCUGAGGAGGAGGAUGAAGAACAUUCCGACGACGACGAGGCAGAGGAUGCAGAGGAGGAGGAGGAAGCAGAAGUUGAAGCAGAGGCAGAGGAAGAGGAGGAGGAAGAGGAAGAAAUUGUUCCGUCACAUUACCAUUCUGGAUCACUCUGCAGCGUCUGCUCAAUCUGUGAGACUUGCGGCAACUGUGACAACUGUCCCUGUGAGGAGGGUGAUGAGUCGGAUCACUGCCAGAGCUGUGAUACGUGCGCUCUUUGCUUCAUGUGUCCCCUCUUCUGUGAGACUGUCUGUGCACCAGGUGGCUUUGUGGAUGAUUUCACUGGAUCCAUCUACCAGUCGGUCAUCUCACUCUUCUGAGCUCCGCGCCGGACCCCACCCCUGCGGUUGUGACCACCCCACCUCGCGGUUAUGGGUCACCUUGUCAUCCCCCCCGUCUCUUGACGUCCGCUGUGGGGGAGAAAGUUACUCUCAGUGCAGACUGAGAUCAGGUUUAUCCUGUCAG